CCGUGUUAAUGUAGGGAGGGACAAGAUACCAACUGAAACAGUAAAAGAAUGACUGGAAGAAAAAGGAAACGUUUAUGAAUGUGGCAAAGAUUGUCCCAAUGAUGACCUCCAAAGACAAAGAAAACUGACAUAUUUGUAGAGUAGGGAAACUGUCAGCACAACACAGAAAGGAAACAGGGUUUUGUGUGUGUGUGUGUGUGUGUGUGUGUGUGUGUGUGUGUGUGUGUGUGUGUGUGUGUGCGCGCGCGUGUGAGAUUGUACCUUAUGCACAAAAGCAUGUGUGGGAGGAUGAGCAUGCGCCUUGAUUUAUGAAGACGAGUUUCUGUGGGUCAAUAAGAGGGAUAUUAGAAUAAAGAAGCCAUGAAAGUCUUUUUCUAAUGAUAUGAGGCUAUAAACCAACAUUGUUUACCUCAAGAAGCUGCCGGCCAAACGACAGCGCCUCCUACCUCCGACCACUUUGCCAGGUGGUACCAAGUUAACCCACCAUUCAGCCGCCAGCAUGCUGCAGCAGAUUUUAAAGGACAUGUACAUCGACCCUGAUGUGCUGAAUGCUCUUAAUGAGGACCAGAAAAAGACUUUGUUCCUGAAGAUGCGCCAGGAGCAGGUCCGGCGCUGGAAAGAACGGGAGGAGGAACUAGAGAGAGAAGGGGGGGAUGCUGAGUGCAUGCGAACAAAGUCAAAACAAGCCAACAGUAAGAAUGUGAGCUGGCUUCUCGGCCGGGAUGGAGAUGUGGCAGUCAUUGUGAUCGGGGAGGUGGAUGAGUUGAGUUCCAAAUUCAUCUGCUCAGGAAUUGGAGAAAAGAAGGCGCAGAGUCUUCAGAACAAUGCAUACCACCAAACCAUUUUGAAGAGCAGAAAAACCACAGAACCUGUCAGAACUGAGAGAGAGAACCUUCCUCCUGAAACACAACCUGGAAUUUCACUGAAUUUAAAGGGGAAGUGCGGAGAGACGAGCACGUUACUCCCUCUGCCGCCUGAGCCGAAGUCAGCCAGUGCGACUGAGGAGAAGUCAGUUCCCCAGUCCUCCAUCUGCUUCAGGCCUCCCAUGAGAGCUAGCCCUGUCAAUGUGAGACCAGCUUCUGCAAAUGCAGCACCAGGCUCUGUCAACACGAGACCCAGCCUGGCAAAUCUGAGGCUGGCCACCGCUGCACAAUCCCCUUCCCCCAGCAGCGCUGUCAAAAUAGACUCUGGAACAACCAAAGGUGGCCUGCACUCACAGGAACCUCACAAGCCCCAGGAAUCACAGGGUGGGAAAGGUAUUGGUGCAUCAGAAGCAUCUCGGAGGACUGCCUCGGUGGAGGCCGGGUCAUCAGGGAGCGCACCAACCUGUGCAGGGCGCGGCCGGGUGGCUCAGCUGAUGAAAACCUUUAGCGCCGAAAGCACUACAUCCCCCACACAGACCCCCUCUCGCAGCAUCAAGCCUCCUCUCCCCACCAAGCCUAGCCACUUGCGUCUAACGACCACACCUACUGUCAGGUAAUGCUCACACACUGAUGCAGAGACGCCCACCAAGCUUCAAGCAUCCCAGUGAUUCAAAUAAAGCUACACUGGACAAUGUCAGGCCCCUAAUGUGGAGCUUCAGCCAGUGGGUUAAUGGGAUGGAGAACUCCAAAGGUGGAAAAGAAGAACAUGGUAAUGUUCAUAAUGUUGCUGUCACUCCCAAAACCCAGCAAUGGAAAUGCUUGAAUGUAAUGGUUUUAUUUUAUUAUUGGAUGCUGCAGUACUGUAAACACUCUUUGUGGGAAAGAAAUUCCAAAGCAAUUGAAUGCAAUGUAUAUGUAUUUUUCCAGGGAAUUGAUGACUAUCACAUUUAUUCACUUGGUGUUGAUGCUUUGGCAGGGCUGUGUGAACACCAAUUCAUAAACCCUAUAAACACAAUAUUGUUUACUUACCAGUGACAUUAUUUUUAUCACUUAUGAGCAGACCCAAACCGAAUCGGAGGAUAUAUAUAUUGUUUUUAUUUUACAGUUUUCAGCAGUGAUCUAGAAUGAAAAUCUGCAGAAUUU